AUCCAACCUACAUUCAUAAAAACGUGUGGAAGUUUAAAUGUGAAAGUUGCAUACGACUUAAUGUAAAUGUCACAUUUAACCCUGUAGUGUUUAGUGGCAGUUGCGUUCUGUCACCUACAAUAUGUUCCUUAUUUACAAUUUCUGAUAUUGCCGUGUGUAACGUGUUCUGCAGCACACUGUCAUUAAAGCGUAUCCAAGUUAAACAUCUCACGCCCCUCUGGAGUGAAAGGUACAGGAACUGUUCCGGGAAUCAACUGUUGGAGUAGCAAAAUAAAUCUCGAGGCAUGACAUUUAUGACGAGCAUGUGAGAGCAUCGACUUCUGCAGGUGAAUGUUAAGCUCAAUUUAUCCGCCAAGAUGCCGGCUGUUUCCACGGGGGCGAAAGAGCUCUACCUGUCAACGUCUCUGGGUGAACUGAACAAGAAAUCAGAAUUCAAGCCGGACAAAACCAGCACAAGGCAUUAUGUUCAGAGUGCCUGUAAGAUGUUCAAAGCUGCAGAGGAGUGUCGACUUGACAGAGAUGAAGAAAAGGCCUAUGUUUUGUACAUGAGGUACCUGACAGUUUAUGAUGUGAUUAAGAAGAGACCUGACUUCAAACAGCAACAGGAUUAUUACUUGUCAAUGCUUGGACCAUCCAGCUUUAAAAAAGCCAUCGAGGAAGCCGAGAAACUAUCAGUCAGUCUAAAGCUCCGAUAUGAGGAAGUUGAAGUACGCAAAAAACUUGAGGAGAGGGAGAAACAAGAGGAGAAGAGACGAAAAAAAGAGAAGCAAGAAAAGGAUGAGGAACGAUCUGUAUCAAAAGGGUCAACUGUCUCCAACAAAGACAAUAGGAAGGUGAAAGGGGAACAGAAUGACUCAAAAAAUGUACCAUCUAAAGCUGCUGUGCCAAUGGGAGGGAUCACUGCUGAGAAGCUCUAUCGCAUGAUGAUUGACCAGAGCCUCAGUGUCAUCGUUAUGGAUGCCAGGAGCCAGAGGGACUUUGAGGAGUCGCAAAUUCAAGUUCCGGCCCAGAGCUACAUCAGUGUCCCAGAGGAGGCCGUCUCUCCGGGGAUAACUGUAAACCAGAUUGAGGUGAAGCUUCCGGAGGCCUCAAAAGAAUUGUGGAAGCGUAGAGGUUUUGUGGAUUAUGUGGUUCUGCUAGACUGGUUCAGCUGUGUCGCAGACCUCAAACUGGGGACCACACUGCAGAGCCUGAAAGAUGCCCUUUUCAAGUGGGACAGCACCACCAUUCUCCGCAGUGAGCCCAUGGUGUUGGAGGGUGGCUAUGAGAGCUGGCUGCUCUUCUACCCCAUGUACACCACCAAUGCUAAAGUCAAGCCACCAAGACAGCAGGCCUCCAGUGCCAUCCCACAGCUGAACUUCAGCUACCCCUCCCUGGAGGAGCCCAAACCACCAGCGGCCCCUGAGCCUGAGCCGAUGGUGCAGGUGAACGGGAGAGCAGCGGAUGAGGGCCCUCUACACGAGCCAGCAGCUCCAGAGCUCUCCACUGAGGCCCCCGGUGUCCUCGAUGGGCCUGCUCCUACGGCGGCCGAGAGGACCAACAAAGCUACCCCACAGUCGCAGACUGGAGUAACGGUUAAACCAAUUCCUCAGAUUGAUCGCAGUAAAAAGCCCUCGGUCAAAAUCUCGGACGGCACCAGACCCAACGAGCCCCAAACCAAGGACUCUCAGCUGCCUCAGAACGGCCCGGUGAUGCCUGUCCGCUCGGUGAAGCCGUUCUUUGAAUCCGGCGGGCAGCUGUCGGAGGAGGAGCGCAGCCAGAUCCACGCCGAGGCGGCCGGCGUGAGUGAGAAGGCACGCUGGGAGAUGGAGCAGCGCAGGCAGGCCCAGCGAUCCCAGGAGGAGGAGCAGGACGAGAAGGAGCGCCGCGCCAAGGAGGAGAGGGAGGAGAGGCAGGAGAAAGAGGAACGGGAGAAAAAGAGGCCAGAGGAAGAGGAGGAGGAGGAGAAGAAGAAGCAACAGGAGCGGGGCAGGCUGGAGCGGCAGAAGGCUGAAGAGGAGGAUCAGGUGCGAGAGGAGAGGAUGAAGCGAGGGCAGAGGACGCAGCAUGGAGAAGCACAGCCUAAGAGUGUCUCACUGGACUCACCCAUGCCCAACAACAUCGUCAGUGAGAUCAAGCGGGAGCCUCUAACCAGAGCACGCAGUGAGGAGAUGGGACGAAGUGUUCCAGGUAUGCCAGACGGGUGGAUGAAGUUUCUGGACACAGUGACUGGUACGUACCGGUACUACCACUCCCCGACCAACCGGGUGCACCUGUACCCCCCUGAGGUGAGCGUGCCCCAGACACCCCCUUCCACGCCCAAGCAGAAGCCGUCGAAGCCCCCCGAGGUGGAGCGGGACCGCGAGCAGUCCAAGCUCAAGCGCUCCUACUCGUCCCCGGACAUCACCCAGGACCUGCGUGACGAGGGCCAGAAGAAGCCCACCCCCACACCCACCAUCAACAGAGAGACCAAGCCUAUAACUGCUAGCACAUAUGCGAAGGUUGAAAUUUCAAGACCGUCAGCAGUCAAGAUCCGUAGUCUGAACCCCACAUUCGGAGGCCUGGGUGCGUCUCUGACAGGCCUGAGGAACCUGGGGAACACCUGCUACAUGAACUCCAUCCUGCAGUGUCUGUGUAACACGCCAGUCAUGGCAGAUUACUUCAACAAGAACCGCUAUCAGGACGACAUCAACCGAGCCAACAUCCUGGGCCACAAGGGGGAGGUGGCUGAAGAGUUUGGCGUGAUCAUGAAGGCGCUGUGGUCAGGCCAGUAUAAGUGCAUCACUCCACGGGACUUCAAGAUCACCAUUGGCAAGAUCAAUGAUCAGUUCUCCGGAUACGAGCAGCAGGACUCUCAGGAGCUGCUGCUCUUCCUCAUGGACGGCCUCCACGAGGACCUCAACAGAGCGGACAACCGCAAGCGCUACAAGGAGGAGCCCAACGACCACCUGGACGACCCCAGCGCGGCCGAUCUGGCCUGGGGCAAGCACAAGCUGCUGAACGCCUCCAUCAUCGUGUCACUCUUCCAGGGUCAGUUCAAGUCCACCGUCCAGUGCCUGACAUGUCACCGCAAAUCUCGCACCUUUGAGGCCUUUAUGUACCUCUCCCUGCCCCUGGCCUCUCCCAACAAGUGCUCUCUACAGGAAUGCCUGAAGCUGUUCUCUAAAGAGGAGAGGCUGACGGACGUAAAUAAGGUGUUCUGCAGACACUGCAAAGCCCACAGAGAUUCCACCAAGAAGCUGGAGAUCUGGAAGGUUCCGCCCAUCCUGCUCGUGCACUUGAAAAGGUUUUCAUACGAGGGCAGAUGGAAGCAGAAGCUGCAGACCACAGUGGACUUCCCUCUGGAGAGUCUGGACCUGGCGCAGUACGUCAUCGGCCCCAAGCCCAGCCAGAAGGGAUACAACCUGUUCGGCGUGUCUAACCACUACGGAGGGCUUGACGGCGGCCACUACACAGCCUACUGCAGGAACAACCCCAAGCAGCGCUGGUUCAAGUUCGACGACCACGAGGUGGCGGACAUGUCCAGCUCCUCCAUCAAGUCGUCGGCCGCCUACAUCCUCUUCUACUCCUCCCUGUGAGGAGCGAGAGGUGAGCGACCCGGCGCGUGGAAGACAAAGGAGGAGACGGGUGAUUUUAAAAUGCAUGUUAGCAGCGCUGCUACUGGUGAGGAUGGCCGGCGCCUGGACCAGGGGAGCCCUCCCUCCCCCGCGGCCCUGGUGUGCAUCGAGCCGGCAUGGAAGAGCCAGAGGGGGAAGCGGCUGUGUGGAGGUGCCUCGCCUCUUCCCUGCGCCGCAGCUCGUAGAGGAUCAGCUGUGUAGAUGCUGAGCGUUCAUCUAUUUAGAACACAGUAACAGUAACGGUAGUUGAGGAGGAGGAGGAGGAGGAUGAAGGAGGACCUUUCACUUAUGCACCACGAGUGGUCGAAAGACCAGUAUUCAUUGCGCCUAGUCUGCCUGCUGAAGCUUAAACUAAGUGUUGCGCGGGGCUUCGUCCGCUGGUGCUGAGACCUCCAUUCAGCACUCUAACUCGACUCUUUCCGUUUCAGUGUGUGAUGGCCUUUUUCUGCAUUUACUUACCUUAAGCUUCCCUUUUCUGUGAAUAUACCACCAUUGAGAUUUUAAAAGCAGUAGAAUUACUUAUGUACAUACUAGUUGCAAACCUUGCACAUUUAACAUGUACAUAUAACCAAGGGAGAGUUGUUUAUUUAUUUAUGAAGUGACCAAAUCUGUUAGGAGAAGUUGUAGCCUCUCAUAACCUAACUGUCUGCUGUUGGCUUCCAAAGCCAAGUCAGAAAUCUUUCCCAUCAAGCUUUCUCUUAUAAGGGCAGUCUCCGAGGCAUGAAAUCAAACACAAAUUUGGGUACAAUGUGAUCUUUCUUUUUUUCUGAGCCACUGUAUUUGAGUUGUACCCUUCCAUGACAUCCUGUCUGAAAACACUGCCAUCAUAUUAGGUUGUUUAGAUGCACUAUUUCUUUCUUGAACCUGUAAUGUGAUGAAACACAAUUAUAUAAUAAUAAUACUAUUGUGAGCAGAAUCAUUUAGCUUACCCAGAGGAAAAUGAAAUGCAAAAACAGCUGCUACUAUGAAGUAUCCAUCAGAGAGGUCUGUCAUGUCUUGGCAGCUGAUGCUGUGCCACGCUCCUACUAGAAGCACUCAUAAUGCCCCACAGCCAUCUGUGUACUCCAUGCACAGGCCAGACAGUAUAACAGUGUACUGUUACACAGUAAAGAGGAAGUCAGUAAUGCCCACGCCUUUCCCAAGGCGCAGUAACUGGAGCAUUAACAUCACUAGAAACGAGAAGAUCAUCAAAUCUGCAGCAGAUAGUUUGCAUUAUGACAAAAGCCGGUUGUGUUUUUUUGUGCUUUAGUAAACGCAGUAAGAUAACUGCCACGUUUUUCGACUUAAUCUUUUCAUAUAAAUCUUUUGCAUAUAGAACAGUAAGCUUAGAAGGUAAAUACUUGCAAUUCAUCUUAAUCUAACUCGACAGUAAAAACAUUGUCAACCCCAGUUGUUGAUUUGAGUAAUGAGAGAACAGAAUUUUCAUGUCUUGGAAGUACUACAUCUGUUCGGCUUUUGGGUUCUUCAUACUUUGAUUUCAAAAGUACACAGACAGUGCUCCCGGUACUUCACCAUCAGGAGCAGGUUAUAACCUCAGCUUCACAUACAUAAACAGGUUAUAACCUCAGUCUCACCUACAUAAACAGUUCAUAACUACUGGGAGAGGCAGACAUCAAACCGACUGCUUGAGGAACCGACCCCUCCAGGAUGAGCCUUGUUUGUAGAAGGGUGCACUGCUUGUGUCGAAUCGGUGUACUGGGUCCCCUAAUCUAGCUGGGCUCCAGCAGCAGUCUUCCCACAUAGAUGACACUAUCUAUCUCCCCCUGUGUUUCAAUGGGACAUUGGGACACAGGAAGUUCAUAUGGACUCUGGAGCUCCCAGCACACUGUGAGUCACCAGUCAUUCAGCCUUUAACACUCACUGGUCAGUCAUUUUAGUGGUUUAACUUAGUGGCAGUGGAGACUUCCUCUUCCUGGAGAUAAGCGUGCUGUGGAGCCAGACGUCUGUCAGUGUGGCCAGUUCAGUGAGCAGGAAGCACAAGUCCUCCAUUAGAAUCUAUUUGGUCAUCGAUAAAAGUUCAAAGUGAAAUGAUAUGAGUCCCACAUCACUUUUAGCAUGAAGCAUGGAAUUAUAUUUCUGUUUUAUGUAGGGGUUUCAUUUGAUUUCUUGAAUUAUCUGUUGUUGUUUUUUUUCCUCCAUUACCAUUGACAUAUAUUAACCUCAAACAUUUAAAUGUAUCUAUUAAUCCAAUUGUUAAAAUAAAGGAAAGUGAAACAUUAA